UUUCCGUGCUAAUGCAUUCGGAAUAACACGAUAUUUGAUGUUCCGCAGGCAACGACUUGAUUUUUUCCCAUCACCAUCAUACACUAAAGGGAUUAAUGAGAGAGAUAAGUCAUCUCAACCACAUCGACAACCGAAUUUGUGAAAAGCUUCGAACAAAUGAUUUUCAUAGUCAACUCGCUCAGCUCAGUGAAGUUGAAUCGGCACGCAUUGGAACUUAUCGUCUUCAAGUGACGAAUGGCUAGGUACCGAUGGGUGCUGGGAAGCCGUAUCCGCCGUCACUUCCGGAUCCAGACCAAUAUGUUGUGAAAUUCUCCCACGCAGAUGAUUGUUUGUUGUGCUGGCUGCAGCUGAAUCACAUCACAAGUCUCCAUGAACACGUUACACCGAACAAGCAAGCAUCUUCCAUUUAGGCGCUACUAGACUGUGCACUACAGGAUUAAGUCUCUAAU